AUGGGCCAGUGUCAAAGUGAAGAUGAAGAGGUGGAACUGUCCCAAAUUCAAGCUCUCUAUACAGCCUUCAUUCGGGACUGUCCAAGUGGAGCUUUACACCUGCAUGAGUUCAGGAAGAUCUUUGGAAUAACGAGCACCUCAGAAGUGGAGUGUCUGUACAUGGAGAGAAUCUUCAAGUCAUUUGACAAGAACCGGGAUAAUGUGAUCGACUUCAUGGAGUUUGUAGCAGCAGUGAACCUUGUCCUCCGGGGGAAACUGGAGGACCGCCUGAAGUGGUCUUUUAAAGUCUACGACACAGACGAAAAUGGCAAACUUGACAGAAGUGAGGUGAAACACAUAAUAAAGAUCAUUUACAAGCUCAGGGAAAACAAUGCAGACAUGACACCCAAUGAAGUCUGUGACAGAAUCUUUGAACUUGUGGAUUCAAAUAAAGACGGCCAAAUUUCCCUUGCAGAAUUUAUGGAAGGAGCCCAGAAAGAUGACUGGAUUAUGGAGCAGCUCAAACUGGACGUUAAUGCUACUGGAUGGUUCAAAAGUAAUGCCUACCCCCCUCGGUCAUCGGCACCAAGGCCGCCCCUCCGAGCGGACCUCCUGGCCCCCAGCCCAGAGCCGGCGGAACUGUGUCACGGCGAGAUCGCUGACCGUGUGGAGCUCAGCGCUGGGCACUCGGCCUCUCCCUCGCGCGUGGCCCGGGGCCAGUGCCAGUGCAGGCGUCCAGAUGACUAA